AUGGAUAGCAAGUGCGACAAGAGAAAGCGAGAAGAAAUCUCUUCUACGCCUUCCAAGAAGGCGAAAAAAGAAUGCAUAGGACAGGGUAUGCUGUCCUCGAAUUUGGGAGUUGCUCCUGCAGAUCGUGCCUCGUUACCCAAGCAGCACAACUGGAACGAGAAUGGGGACACGAACGAUGAGGAUAAAGGACAGAAAUACAAAAUCACCAAGACCUUUUCUUCCAAGAAUGUCAACGCACUGAAACAGAACAAGGGGUGGCCUUAUGAUCUUGCUGGAAAGGUCGCCGAAGAGAAUCAGGAGCGCAAAAGGUCCUCUUCUUCCACAAUUAGCAAUAUCAAUGUAGCCAAAGAUGGAAAUCGCCAAUUCGACCUUGUCAGUCUGUCUCCCGGGCUGAAGAAGAAGAACAAGCACAGAAGGUCCAAAUCCUCUUCCAUCAUUGAGACUGCAGUGGUGGAGAAUGAUACGAGCACCCUCGUCAAACCUAUCGCCGAGGUUUUCGAGAAGAAGAAGAAAACGAAGAAGGACAAGAAUUCCAGUGACUCCUUGGACAACGAAGAACAUAAGGAAAAGGAAAGCCAGAGCAGUAACAGUAUUCCCUCUUACGAAGAGGUUCACAUUGAGCCUAAGAAGCACGAGGAGUCGCAGAAUGCCACAUAUAUCGCCAUCAGCGAAGCGGAUGUAAAGAAUCGCUCUUCCAACGACACCGCGAUACAGACGAAGCACGAGGGCUUUUUGGUCCAAAAGCCCAUUAAAACCACAUACGAACAGGAUCCUACUGCUACUCGCAAGAAGAAGAAUAAGAGACCCCGCAGAAAGAUGUCCCUUCCCACCAAAAAAGAUAAUGGCGAGGAUUCUGGAUUGAAGGGAAUUGAAGACAACAAAUCCAUCGCUUCUAAUAGUAAUUUUGCGGCCGAUGUCGCGCAUACCCAUCAUGAACAGAUUCAAUCCGAUCGCCCUAUCCUGUAUACCAAAUCCAGCAGUGGAUACACCUUCAACCCUUUUUCGGGUCUAAUGAAGUACAGCACCAUGAAUUCCGAACCAGCAAUCGCUACAACAAAGAAGGUAGAAGGCGCGGAGAAAAAACCGAAGGCAGACAUGAACAAUAUGCCCGGGUCGAGCGAGAAGAAUGUGGGCAAGGGAGCCAAUGCAAAAGAUGUGAUCUCAAAAACUGGGAAGACUGGGAAGACCGAUAUGCCUCAUCUGGGCCCCCAGGAGGUUGCCAUGCUCACUCCAAAGAAGGAACAAAAGAAGCGGAACCGGUCUAAGAAGAUCAAGAUGCCACCCAGAUACUCCCUCUCACGCCCCAGGUUAAGACAUCUGUUUCGGUUAUCAGUGCUUCUGGGAACCUUAUUCAGCCUAUCAGCUCUUCCGCUGCCCUUUUCGGUAGUGGGCAGUACUCUCCAGAACUCCAGAAGAAGGUUGAACAAGACAGACAGCGUCAUGGGCGAGAUAGAGAGGCCUUGCUCAAGCUGA